AUGGCUGUCCUCAGUUCAACCUUCACAUACCUCACCGCCCUCUCCUCUCUCCUCUCUCUCCCAGCUGUUCUCGCCCAAACAUCAAUCUUCACCCCCGAGCCGGAGCCAUUCAGCUGCCCUCUACCUGAGACAUCUCUCCACGGCGACCUAACAUGCGACCUCAGCGAGAUCGCGCCCCGUCCUUCACAUCCCGAUAUCUUCAGACCAUGGACCCACGAACCCCACUGCAUCCACCCCGCCGAGAAGCCCCUCCUAGGCUUCUGCACAUUUACAAACGCCGACUUCAUGGGUGGUCGUGGCAUCAGCAUCGUCACGCUUCCAGAACUAGCCGCUUCCAUGGCCAACAGGACACAGAUGGCCUCGACGGCCGCCGACGCCUCUGCCGCCGACGCUUACGCCUUUGAUAAAGUCUUCCCGCGGAAGAAGUACGAGGAGAAGCUCACGGCUGACCGAGGUCGGGGCCUCUUUGUGAGGGAGGGAGAGAGCUUCAAGGCUGGAGAGACCAUCCUUGUCGAUUAUCCGACGCUCUUCAUGGUGCGCGAUUCUAUGGAGGUGUUCUUGCCUGAGGAGAGGAUUAGGAUGAACUGGCUGGGCUUGCUGCAGUUGCCCGAUGCGGGCAGAGCGGAAACGCGGGAUAUGGUGUCGAAUGGCAGGUACAAGGAUGAGUUGGAUAACUUGAUUACGAUGAACUCUCUUGGUGUGCAGUACGCCAAUUUCCGCCACCUAGGGACGUUUCCGGAGGCUGCUAAAAUGAACCAUGAUUGCGUGCCAAACACGUACUACCGCUUCAGCGACACCACCCUCGGCGUCGAAGUCUUCGCCCUCCGCGACAUCAAACCCGGCGAAGAGCUGACCUACAGCUACGUCGACGGCCUCCAAGAAAUCCCCUACAAAGACCGCCACAAGCUCAUCGGCUCCCAAUUCAACUUCGAAUGCACGUGCCGCAUAUGCCGCGACACGGCCGCGCGGCGCGAGUCUAACCGCCGACGCGACAACAUCCGGAAGGCCAAGAAGGUGCUCAGCGAGUCGGCCGAGGAUCCGCGGGCUAUCGUGGCGCAGUGCAAGAAGUUGCUGAGAUUAUACGGUGACGAGGGGAUGGUUCUCCCGAGGCCGAUGACGGCGGAGAUUGCGGCGUAUGCGUCGAAUCAGCUGGGUGAGGCGGAGGAGGCGGUCAAGUAUGCGAAGAUUGCUAGGGAGUAUUGGAGUAUUAUUUCGGGGCCUGCUAGUUCGGAGGUCAAGAGGUUGGAUGAGCUUAUUGCGGCGCCGACGGAGCACGGGAGUUAUAAGCCGAAGGCUGGAGAGGGGGAGGGGAAAACGGGCGCUGGCGCCAAGACUGGAAAUGCUGGCGGUGACGAAGAUGAGGACGUGGGAGAGGAGGAGGAGGAGGAGGCUGUUGUGGAUGCGGUGAGGUCGGCGAUGUUGAGGGCGAGAAGGAUAGCGAGGGAGAGUGGUGUGGGUGAGAAGGAGGAGGAGGAGCUUGUUGAGCAGGCGGUGAAGGCGGCUCUGAAGAGGGCGAUGGGCAAGGAUGAGCUGUGA